CCUUCUUCACUUCCUCUUCUGUUCGAGCCUCAAGAGAGAGAGAGAGAGAGAGACAGAGAGAGAGAGAGGGGUUCCGAAGAUGGUGCAGCGACUCACUUACCGGAAGCGCCACAGCUAUGCCACCAAAUCCAACCAGCACCGUGUCGUCAAAACCCCUGGUGGGAAGCUGAUUUACCAGAGUACCAAGAAGCGGGCUAGUGGUCCUAAGUGUCCUGUAACUGGAAAGAGGAUUCAGGGGAUUCCUCACUUGAGACCAGCCGAGUAUAAGAGAUCCAGAUUAUCUAGGAACAGGAGGACUGUGAACCGUCCCUAUGGUGGAGUAUUGUCUGGAAGUGCAGUAAGGGAGAGGAUUAUUCGAGCUUUCUUGGUGGAAGAGCAGAAAAUUGUGAAGAAGGUU